CUCCCACGUCCUAUUCUAGGACAUGGAUCACCAUGAGGUAUACAACUUGUUGGGCUAUAUAACUCGGCCAGUUGCUGCCUGUCUGCUCGGCUCUGUCUCAUCUUCAACUAUCUUAUUUGUAUCCAAGUGUUGGCGUUAGCUGGAAGUUAUACUAGCGACUUAUCUAUCUAUUCUGUUAUCUUUCAUCUUGACCAAGCGAACAGUCGAACAAGCGACAAGCGAACAAUCGAACAGUCGAACAGUCGAUCAAAUAGUCAAACGAACUGUCCAGUCUACUAUUGAUCUUCGAGAUCAGACGCCUACGAUCCUCUACCAAACCAAACGAUCUACUUCCACUCAUCCAACAUGGGCUUGUCCGAGCGUGAGUUCGCCACCAUGUGCUACGUGAGGCCCAAGUACAACAUCUCCUUUGAGAGCAUUCCCGAGGCAGACGAAACACUGUCUCCUUCUACCGAAGAAGAGACUAUCUCUGUUGAUGAGAAGUCUGGCAGCAUUGCACGACAGACCACCUCCAUCGAUGAGGUGUCUCCUAUUGAACACACUACUUCCGUUGUUAUCGAAUCGAACUUGGCUGUCUCUACUGGAGAGAUGAGCGUUACUGUUGAACAAGACGCCGCUGAGCACAUCACCAACGACAUGCACGACAUGGUUGCUCCUGUUAACGAAGAAGUCACCAUUACCAUCGAAGAACCCAAGGACGAGAAGGUCCCCAACGACAUGGCAGCUCCUGCCAACGAGCUUACUAUCGCCAUCGACAAUAUGGCCCCCGCUACCAACGAAGCAGUCAUUAUCACCGUCGAAGAAGACAUCAAGGACGAGAAGGUCCACACCGACAUGGCAGAUCCUGUCAACGAAUUUAUCAUUGCCAUCGACAAUAUGGUCGGCCCUACCAACCAAGAAGUCAUAAUCACCAUCGACAACACCACCGUGCCUGAGGAGGCUCACUGUCGGAUGCCUAUUUCCUCUGAGCAAGAUGCUCCGAAAAGUGAGACACAGCUGCCUUCACAUGAUCAUGGAGAUAGCAAGCUAACGAGAACAGCGAAUCCAUUCAUCCCGCUCAACAUCGACUUGAUCAAGGAGAAGCAAAAGGCAGCCAAGAAGGGCAAGCUGUUCUGGUCACUGGUCGCGGUGUUCCUUAUGAUUGUGUUCUUUAUGGCCCUCACGGUUUUGAAGAUCCAUUAA